AUGAAUCUCUUUGGGAGAGACAUGUCUUCAAUUCUAUUGCAUAAUUUUGCCGCAUCACCGUUCGGUGAAAAGGUGCGCCUCAUGCUCGGACUGAAACACCUGACGUGGCAAUCUGUGGACGCAGAACUUAUCAUGCCAAAGCCAGGCCUUAUUGCUUUGACCGGAGGAUAUCGGAAAACACCAGUUAUGCAAAUAGGUGCCGAUAUUUACUGUGACUCCCGUCUUAUUGCAGAGGAGUUGGAGAAGCGACACCCAUUCCCUAGCUUGUUCCCAGGCAACUCAAAGGGCCUGUGCUUGGGCCUAUCUGGUUGGAGCGAUGAAAACUUCCAUACCGCCAGCUCCGGACUUAUUAUUGCAGUUCUCAAAUCAACAUUCCCACCGGACCUGAUGGCCGACCGUGAGAAGUUUUUUAAAGGGUUUAUAGACGUCCAGAAUCUUGAGGAUGAAAUACCUCAUCUGAAAGUUCAAUUGCGUGCAUAUGCAAGCCUCGUUGAGGAACAGCUGAGCGAUGGACGCGCAUUCUGGUUGGGGUCAGAACCAAGUUUGGCAGACUUUCAUGCCUACGUUGAACUCUGGGCGGCACGAAUGCAUCUCCCUUUCGCACAAGACCUGCUUAAAGCAUUUCACAUGAUGUCAGAGUGGGAGAAGAGAGUGAAAGCAAUCGGCCAUGGGGAGAGACAAGAGGCUGGUAUAGCAGAGGCGCAUGACCUUGCACGGCACAGUGUGCCUCUCCCAGGUGCUGGCAUAGAUCCAGAAGAUACGCUCGGGCUCAUUGACGAAGAUAUAGUAACAGUGACUCCUGCUGAUUACGGGAAAGACCCUGUUACUGGACGCCUUGUAACCUUGACGGUACGCGAGGUUGCGGUUGCGCGAGAUGAUCCUAUUGCUGGACAGGUUGUAGUACACUUCCCACGGAUUGGCUACCGUGUUUCUUGCCACAUGAGCCCUGAGAUAAGAAGAUAG